AGCCACCGCAACAAAUGCGUCACUGUAGAGAAUUUUUCUUCCCGGCCAGAAAAAACCCUCGUUCACAGCAGCGAAGCGCAUAACGAACCGACUCGACCAAAAGCUAUGUCGCAGAGUAGGAAGAAACCGAACAUACUGGUGACAGGGACGCCGGGCACCGGGAAGACGACGACCGCGUCGGCGUUGGUGGAAGCCACCAGCCUCCGCCACAUCAACAUCGGCGACCUCGUUAGGGAGAGAAAUUUGCAUGAUGGCUGGGACGACCAGCUCGACUGCCACAUCAUUAACGAAGACCUCGUAAUGCUAACCCUAGUCUGUGAUGAGCUUGAGGAAAUGAUGGAAGAAGGGGGAAACAUUGUGGACUACCAUGGUUGUGACUUCUUUCCUGAGCGUUGGUUUGAUUGUGUGGUGGUGCUUCAAACUGAGAACUCUGUGUUGUAUGAUCGCUUGACCAAGAGAGGUUACACGGGUGCAAAGCUUACUAACAACAUGGAAUGCGAAAUAUUUCAAGUGUUGCUGGAAGAGGCUAAAAAUAGUUAUUCAGAAGAUAUUGUGGUGCCAUUAAGGAGCGACACAAUUGACGACAUGGACCGGAAUGUGGCAACUCUGACAGAUUGGGCUAGGAAUUGGCAACCUCGAUGCUAAUGUUCUAGCCAUUGUGGUCCGACAGGGGAAGGAUGAUUGCUUGUUUUCCUUGUGUGCGCUUAUAUGAGGUGCCGGGACUUAGGUACGGUAUUGAUAAGGCUGAGCUAGAGGCGUUAAAUGGGCAGGCUGUCCUGGCUUGUCUGCCUAUUAGUCUAUACCAAAGACGGCUUGUGGCUUGUGAUGACAUAAGACACAUACAUGCCCCUCAACUUGGGACUUUUAACCAUUUGUGUCCCUCAACUUGAAGGGACUCAUUGUGCUCCUCAAACUCCAAAUUUGAACUUAUUACACACUUAAAAUCCGAAUUUUGGACUGAUCAUGAACUUCAUUGUUCAGUCAGCACCGUGCAUGGGUUACACGCACGGUUGAGGUGCGUGAAGGCAACACCAUUAUCUUUUUCUUCCUCAUUUCCAGUGCCAACAACCUCUUGCCUUCCUCAUACUGGUGGCGACAAUCAUCUUCCUUAACAGUGGCCACUAGGGUUGUCGAUCAAAAGGAAGAAGAAGCCCAAUUGCCAUGGCCGAGAAGAAGCAAAUCGAUCGGCCAUGGUAAUGAAGAGGCAACCCGAUCGACCAUGGCAGGGAAGGCCAAUCGAUCGACAGCAGUAGAAACCCAUAAGAUCGUGAUCAAUUGGACCAUCACAUCGGACAAUGUGGGUCAUAGAGACCCACGACAACGAACCUCCAUGGUGGCGACGACAACAUAAGGAAGACAGGUGACCAAUUGAUCGAUUGCUCGCCUCCCACACUAUCGACGACCAAAUCUGCCACCCACGCAAUUGUUGUAAAUGUGUAGAAGAAGAAGAAAGAUGCAAGAGAGAGCAAUGAUGAUGGAGGCAUUAAUGGCGGCUGCGUCAAAGGCAAACGACAAUGGAGGUGUCGAUAGUAGUGGCAGCUGCAACAAAAGCGACAGUGCAAAGAGAGAGAGAAAUGGUUUUGGUUUACAUUGACACACAGCAAUAUCUCAUUGGCUUUCACUGCACAAUAAGCAUCUCACAUAGCAAUGUACCAUUAGUUUUCAGAUUUUGCCCUUUCAUAUUAAGAUUUGACAGAGAAGACAAAAGCGCAUGUAUGUCACGCACACAAUUUUAAAAUUUAAGGUGUGUAAUAAGUUCAAAUUUAGGAUUCGAGAGACACAAUAGGUCCCUUUUUUAAUUCAGGGACACAAAUUGUUAAAAGUGCCAAGUUGAAGAGCAUGUAUAUGUCU